AUGGGAGAUGAGAAACUUUCACGCCAUACGUCUUUGAAGAGGGCUAGAUCUCUUUCUGAAUCCAUUCGUGGUUUGUUUAAGCCUUCAGGAAUUUCUGGCAGUAGUAACGGUGCAGCACCUUCACCCCGUCCUGGUCAGGAUCAAGCGCAUUCUCAUCUAACAACAAGAAUCGUAACUAGUAAUGUAUCAUCUCCAUCUAUAUCCCCCGUAAAUAGCCCUGUUCUACAAGCAGCUCCCAAGCAUCAUAAGUUGGGCGUUCCUAAUAUUGCAAAGCUAUCGUUGUCACCUAGUAGAGAACCAUCCUUGAAUUCAGAAAACGAAAUGUUCUCACAGGAAUCCUUCAUAAGUGAAAAAGAUGAAGACGAAGCUAAUUUAUUAGAGAGAGAAGAGCUUCAAAACAAGAAGGACGAAAAACCACGUGCUAAAGGUACACGUUCCAAAGACGUUUAUGUGCCUCAUCAUCGUUAUACAGUUGGUAGCGAUGAAGCUGAAAGGCAACCAAGGGAAAGACUCAGAAACUUUCCGCAAAACGCAGCUCCACCAAAUUCUACAAAUAGUAGCGCCAACCAUGUUCUGGAUCAGGAAAAUAAUUUUUCCAUCGACGCAAUGCUUGAUUACGAUGAAGAAUCCAAACUGAAAAGGAGAAACAGUCUGGGUGUACGUAACCAUAGCAAUCGUACAAGAAGCAGAAAGAACAGCUUGUCUACACCAAGAUCUCUACCUACCAAAAAUGGAAACGAUGGAGCAAAUCCGAACCUCACCACCAAUACUGGUAACAAUACAAGCAACAGAAUAUAUAUGAGGGGAAGAAACCACUCAGACUCUAUCAGUGCCUCCAGUUUACCCAAGUUUCAGGAGAUUGAGAGUAAGUGUAUUCUGGAUUUAGAUCAUUUCAAAGUCUUUGAAAACGGAUACCAUGAACAUUCUUUAAGAGUACUACCUAUUAUUACAAACUACAAAAAUGUCGAUAGUGGCGAUGAAAAGGACAACGAUGCUUCUGCAAACAGCGGUGAUGAUGGCGACAAUGACACCGAGACAAAUAUGCACAAGCAAAAAUCCGUAUUCUCGCUUAGUGGGUUGUUUAAAUCCCACAAGGAUGUGAAUCAGCAACAACAACAGCAAGGUGAAAAUAGUGAACAAAUCAAUCUAGAGAAGGCCUUUUCAAUAAUACCAUCCCAAAAAUUUAUCAGAUCGCAAGUUCUGAAAAAAUCAAGAACAGGCAAUCUCAAAAAUGGUAAUAAUGAUGAACUGAUGAAAAGUGACGGGAAGAAUAUUCCGCAAAUCGUGAAUCCUAAUGCUGCUGUAGGCGCUGAAGAGUUAAAGUUAAUCAAUGCGUUAUCUGAAAAGAUACGAAAGGGCCUCAAAACUGACAACGCAAGAAGUAAUAGUGGCGAAGCUAGGAGUAAUAGUAAUAAACAAGAAGAUACUGGCGACACAGAUAACAAGACCGGACCAAUAAAUGAUGAUACCUCUCACAAGCCUUGUUCUCAGAAAUAUGGGAAGUCCAUUGGCGUUGUAGGUGCAGGCGCAUACGGGGUGGUUAAAAUCUGUGCGAGAUGUAAGACUUCUAGAGAUGUAUUGCCAUACAGUACCUACUCAAAUGGUAAAAAAUUAUUUUUUGCAGUCAAAGAAUUGAAGCCCAAGCCAGGUGAUCAAGUGGAUAAGUUUUGUACAAGAUUAACUUCUGAAUUCAUUAUUGGUCACUCAUUGAGUCAUCCCCAUUUUGAAGCAAAUACAGUAGUUCCAGGCAAUAUUACAAGAAGCGCGCCACCAAAACAUAUCUUCAAUGCUCCAAACAUAUUAAAAAUUUUGGAUCUAAUGGAAUAUAAUAACUCUUUUGUAGAAGUUAUGGAAUUUUGUGCAUCUGGUGAUUUGUAUUCGUUGCUAACAAGAAACAAUAUUUCUAAUGAAUCAAAUAACGGGGGUUCAAGAUUAAUCCAGACUGUUAAAGAAGGUUCUGGUAGCCCGCUGCAUCCAUUAGAGGCAGAUUGUUUCAUGAAACAGCUGCUUAAUGGUGUUCAAUAUAUGCAUGAUCACGGUAUAGCACAUUGCGAUUUAAAACCAGAGAAUAUUUUAUUUCAACCAAAUGGGUUGCUAAAAAUUUGUGAUUUUGGUACUAGUUCAGUUUUUCAGACAGCUUGGGAGAAACAUGUACAUUUUCAAACAGGAGCCAUGGGUUCAGAACCCUACGUAGCACCUGAAGAAUUCAUAAGAGAUGCAGAGUACGAUCCACGUCUGGUGGACUGUUGGAGUUGUGGCAUUGUUUACUGUACAAUGGUUAUGGGUCAGUAUCUUUGGAAAAUCGCCAUCCCUGAGAAGGAUUCUCUUUUCAAAUCAUUCCUUAGUGAAAUUAAAGAUGAUGGACAGUUUUACUUGUUCGAGGAAUUAAGGCAUGUCAGCAGUGAACUGAAUAGAUUGAGAAAAAUUGCAUUGUACAGAACAUUUCAAGUCGAUCCGACAAAGAGAAUCACCAUUGAGCAAUUAUUACAAAGCUCUUGGAUGAGAAAAACAAAAUGUUGUGUUGUUUAUAGACCCUUGUAUACAAAAGUUAGUAAAUAA